GCCCCUCAUGUUAAACCCUUCCUGCCCAGUGCCAUUAGUACAGUGUCAGUGCUUUUUUUUUUAGCACUGAUCACUGUAUUUGUGUCACUGGGGAUGUCAGUGGCACCAAGUCAGUCCCCCCCAGGGUCAGAAUGCCCACCGCAGUCCCACUAUAGUCGCUGAUCGCCGCCAUUAUUAGUAUAAUAGUAUCUAUACCGCUAUUUGUAAAUGCUAUAACUUUCACGUAAACCAAUUAUUUUACACAUACUGGGAUUUUU